AUGAGCCGCGCGUCGCUCCGCCACCGCCCCACCUCGCCCCGCGCGUCGCUCCGCCUGCGCUCCACCUCACCUCACGCGCCGCUCCGCCUCCGCCGUGAUGCCUCCCCGCAGCCACUCGAGCUCCGGCUAUCGCGGUGUGCGCGCGCGCGUCCGAACGGGACAUUCUACGGUGAGAUCCGGAGCGGCGAGGAGCGCAUCAGGCUCAGCACGUUCGAGACGGCGCACGAGGCGGCGCGCACGUACGACGCAGUCACCUGGCGCCUCGGCCACUCUCGGCGGUUGAUGAACUUCACCGACGUCUGGACGCGACAUCAGGUGGAAGACCUCGUGCCGCCGCAAGCCGUCACGCAGGAGGCGAGGCAGCGACAACGCGAGCUCGAACAACGCCUCAUCAUCGCCGAGCUGGACGAGCGCAUGCGCCUCGAGUGGGCGAGGCGCGGCGCUUCUCGGAGGACGUGGCCGCGGAGCAUCAUAGUGGAGACUGAACUGCAGAUCAGAUCAAAACAGAGCCAAUCUAGAUAG